AAAGUCUUGUGAUGUGUCAUUUUUCCUUCCUUUUGCUCGUAUCGCUGGUCAAGAGGAUUCGCAGAUUUGUUCCACCGCUAGCAGUGAUCAAUAAGAAGUAGACGUUCGUGCGCGAUCUCGAGUCGUAUUAUUCGUCUCUACUACUGGUUGAAUUUUCUUGACGCGAAUAAAUUUUUCUUGUAACAGAAUAGUUCAGAUUCUGCUGGUCCCAGUUACCUUUUUAAGUUCUUAACUGUGAUCGCUCUUGAGAAAUCCGCCCCCUACCAAUUCGCGAGUGACUAAUUAUUUUCUGUGAAAUCUGUGUGACUGUGCUAAUAUAUAGAGCAGAAGAAAAUUGAAGCAAAUAGGGUGCGGGUAUCAGCGUGAAAAUGUUCAGUUGGUUAAAACGGGAAACCAAAACGGAGGAAGUGGUGGAGAAUGUACUCGGGGAGCUGAAGAAGAUCUACAAAAGUAAGCUGCUCCCAUUGGAGGAACAUUACAACUUCCACGACUUCCAUUCGCCGAAAUUGGAGGAUCCAGAUUUCGAUGCAAAACCAAUGAUAUUGCUGGUUGGUCAAUACUCAACUGGUAAAACAACAUUCAUUCGGUACCUAUUAGAACGAGACUUUCCAGGCAUUCGAAUUGGCCCAGAACCUACUACAGACCGUUUCAUUGCCGUAAUGUACGACGACAAAGAAGGCAUUAUUCCAGGCAAUGCACUAGUCGUUGAUCCGAAGAAACAAUUCAGACCAUUAGGAAAAUAUGGGAAUGCAUUUUUGAAUAGGUUUCAAUGUUCUACAGUACCUUCACCGGUACUGCGAGCAAUUUCGAUCGUAGAUACUCCUGGUAUUUUAUCCGGAGAAAAACAACGUGUUGAUCGUGGAUACGAUUUUACUGGUGUUUUGGAAUGGUUCGCUGAAAGAGUGGAUCGGAUCAUUCUAUUAUUUGAUGCGCACAAAUUGGACAUUUCGGAUGAGUUCCGACGUUCGAUUGAAGCCCUUCGCGGGCAUGAUGAUAAAAUCCGAAUUGUGCUCAACAAAGCUGAUAUGAUUGAUCACCAGCAAUUGAUGCGAGUUUACGGUGCUCUCAUGUGGUCUCUGGGAAAAGUUCUUCAGACUCCUGAGGUAGCCCGGGUUUACAUUGGAUCCUUCUGGGAUCAGCCUCUACGUUAUGAUGUCAACCGUCGUUUAUUCGAGGAUGAGGAACAAGAUCUCUUCCGUGACUUACAGUCCCUCCCAAAGAAUGCAGCACUCCGCAAACUGAACGACCUGAUCAAACGAGCUCGACUUGCCAAGGUGCAUGCUUUUAUUAUUGCAGAAUUGCGCAAAGACAUGCCCACUGUGUUUGGUAAGGAUAGCAAGAAGAAAGACCUCAUCAAAAAUCUUGGCCAGGUGUACGAUCGCAUACAGAAAGAACACCAAAUUUCGCCUGGCGAUUUUCCCGAUCUCAAAAAGAUGCAGGAAGUACUCGCCAAUCAGGAUUUCACCAAGUUUCACUCGCUCAGAAUUCCGCUACUUGAAGUCGUCGAUCGUAUGCUGGCAACCGACAUCGCUCGGCUUAUGGGCAUGAUACCGCAAGAGGAGAUGACCAUGGUUUCGGAGCCGCUAAUUAAGGGCGGAGCAUUCGACGGUGUUGAAGACAUAGUGUCUCCUUUCGGAUAUCGUAAAGGUGAAGGAAUUGACGCUGGAUAUGGUGAAGUGGACUGGAUUUGCAAUCGCGAUCGGGAACGCACAGACCCGAUGUUUGAAGCACUGAAACCGAUUGACGGAAAAAUUUCCGGUGCGGCGGCCAAAUCGGAGCUUAUUAAAUCCAAACUACCGAACAACGUACUGAGUAAAAUAUGGAAACUGUCCGACGUCGAUCAAGAUGGUUUUCUUGAUAUUGAAGAGUUUGCACUAGCAAUGCAUUUAAUAAACGUCAAAAUGGAUGGGAACGAGUUACCAACCUCACUGCCAGACCAUCUCGUGCCGCCCUCAAAACGAGGGCCACAAUAGGAGUAAGAUAAUGUUGAUUGAGUUCCCACUUUUAGCAAGUUUUUCCCUCUUUCACUACUUCACACUAGUCUGCAUGGAUUGCUUGGGUUAAAAAAAAACUAUUGUUUUAUAUAUAAGAGCAUAUAUAUUCCAAAUUGUGUUACGAUGUUCAGAAUCAAUCGCAUUCGUUUUUCACUUACCCCUAAGUAACACCGUUUCGUUACGCCAGAAAAACAAUAAAAACUUCUUCGCUAUCGUCACUAAUGGUUGCACGUCACAUUAAAUAUAGCAGCGCAAAUACUUUACACACACGAUUUAUCUAAUUUAUUUAAAUAUUCUUAAAGCAAAUGAGUUCAUUCACAUUUUUUGUUUUAUAUUUGUAAGAGUUUUAUCAUUAGUAUAUUGUUGUGCUUGUUUCCGGAACGAAACUAUGAAGAGCACUCUUGACCAGGUGCAAGAAAGCUAUCCCAAAAUGUGUGUGCAAAUAUUUCCUUUUUUGAUAGUAGUGAUUUGAUUUAGUUGAUAAGUAAUUUAAUUAGGCACCUAGUUAUCUAGGAUAAUGCCCUUUAUUUCAUUAUUAUAUUUUAAGACCAUUUUGGCCAAGUUUCACUGGUGCGCUGGCAUAUCUAUUUCCGAUGCUAUUUUUUGCGAAAAAACGAACUGUUUAUGAAAUAACAUAGUUGCUGGUACACUAAACGAAGUACCACGUUUCUCCAUCCAAAGGUGGAAACGAAGAUCGAUUAUCGCGUUACAUAUACUAAGCAAUGAAGUAAUUAAUGUUCGUCGUGACUUGCCUAGACCUCGAAUUAGUAGCCUGUGGUGUUAUUUUUGUUCCUAAACUUUUAUGGUUGCUUAUUCAAAACGGUGAAAUUUCACAAAAAAGCGUUCUAAAACGGUAAAUUGUAGACUAUCGGAAAUUGCAUACAAUGUAUAACGUUACCUAGAAUGGCGCACCAUUUCUCUCAUUCGGAAUCAACAUAUACAACAACCAGCCUUUUCUCCUCAUUUUGGUCGCGACAAUAGAUUUUAUCAUCACACUAAAUUUUCGGAACAAUCAAUCAUAAUUCUCAGUUCGAAUUAAGAAUGAUAGAUUUUGCAGCAAUCUGCUUAGUUGCAACGCGCAAUCAGCUAUAAUAACAGCUUCUCCAAAAACAUAUUAAUCAUACUGAAGAGCAACUGCAGAUUUUUCAAGCACACCACAUUUUUGGCCGGAUGAUUGCAAAUAGAAGUUAUUUAACAUUAAAAGCUUUGAUUUAUUGAUAGUUUGAAUGUGCAUGAAAAAAUAGAUGAGUCGAAACAAUCACGGUAUAAAAAAAACGUAGAAAGUUGAAUGAAAGUGUAGUCGAAUCAUAAGCUGAUGUGGAAGGGAAACGAAAUAUACAUCUUGACCCUCUGAGGGUGAGCUAAAAAAGAUAUAUUUACAAAAGUAGCAUUUUUGAAAGAAUUUGUAAAAAUAUCUAUAUUUUAUCAAAUGAACAAACCGCAAUUGUUUAAUAAAUCAGUGAAUACGAAUAUAGGAAACAUAAUGACGAAUAAAAUUUGUUCUCAU